AUGACAGAGGAAAUAGCAUUGGUCAAGAAAAAGAUUUAUGAUGACAUAGUAGUUAACAAGGCAGAAACAGUGUAUGAUCCAGACAGUUUUAGAGAGUUUUGCAUAUCAGCGGGUGCAACAAAGUUAUUCGACACUAUUCUUGAUUCAGUCACUGGUUCUCGGCAUUCCACAGACCACAUACAUCUAAACAAAAAAAGGGUUGUUUCAUUCAUUUACAAUUUGUGCUACUGCCUCAGCCAAACAUGCAAUCCUCUUCAAAUGGAUCAUGCUCUUUAUCUCAAGAGUAAUCUCAUAAAUCAAGAGGGCAUUGAAACAGAACAUAUCAUGGGGCAUGCAUGUUCCAGAAGAACUUUAAACAAUGUUAUGCACAAAAUGUCACAGUCUCAUUUCAAAUCUUUUGAAGAUUUUAUAACCACAGCUACAGAUCGCAAAUGGCUAAUAGUGCUAAUAAUUGAUGAUUUCACAGCUAUUCACACAAAAAGAAGACCACAAGAGGAAAAAUUGUCAGAGGCAAAGACAAUGUGUACCAUAGUUGUUAAAGCUUUAAAAGAUAUUCCAGCUGUACCUGUAACGCAUGCCCUUUGUACUCAUGACCAAAAUGGUAUAGAUAUUGAAGCAUGCAUACAACUAAUUACUGCUGCAUCAUCCAUGCACAACAUCAGUGAGAGUUAUGUUUCUGUGAUGCCUGACUGGCUCACCAACGCAUUUUUUAAUCCUGAAUUUGAGAGACAUAGAAUCCACAUUCAUCAAUACUGUGACAGUGACAAUGUGCGAACAAUGCGCAAAAUGGAUGAUUUGCACCUAUUAGAUUUUGUAGAACUGAGACUGAAGUCAAAGAGGGACUUUGAUACUGCCUAUGAUGUAGCAAUGCACACUGGCUUGGCUGCUUAUUUAAAGAAAUUUAUUUUUUUCAGCCAGGAGAUUGGCCAUGCCAAUUUUAUUGUAGACAAAUCAUAUACGAAUCACUUAAGAAAUUUGUCAGCUCUCAUCCAGGAUUUUCAGAUGCUCCUCUGCAACAGGACAAUAUUUUACCUGAUCAUUCCUCAUAUUCUUUUCCAAUGACAUCUGGUACUACUGACAAUCUCUUGAACAGCAGCUUGCCACAAGCAACAUCACAGUCAUCCAUUCUGUCAUUAGUACCAACUAUUGGGCCACUUCACAUUUCCCUAAACAGCAGAGAACACAUUGUUCACUCCUAUCAUCCAUUUUUCAAAACAGUUUAUGAAACAAUUUUCCCAAGAAGCAAAUUGGCAGAUAAUCCCAAACCCUGGAGGAUUAGUCUGAUUCUUGAGAUUGUUUAUGGUGGUUGGACACUUAUAUGCCGCACUGUGAUGUCAAAGUUCUCCCGCUUCAAGGAUGCAGAGUAUGGGACCCUAUUCACUUUACUAGACAGCUAUAUACCUUUGGUGUUGUCGAUAUAUAGAAUUUCUUUCAAACUUAACAAUUUCUCUGAGUAUUUUCGAGCAAUGAUCAGGAUUUGGAUCAUGUUUACUUGCCUUCAACGCAGACACUAUAACAAAGCACCACUUAUUUGGAUCAACAUGUGCUCUCACUGGGGAAAACAUGCUCCACAACUGUAUAAUCUAAUAAGGAAUUACAUUGCCAUUUUUGAUGAAUAUCCAGUGGAAAACACUCAUAGCAUACUCCGUUCACAGACAAAAGGUUCUGAUUCUGCGGAUGAACUUAGAAAGAAAGCAAAGUCCAUUUUCCAGUCAAAGGGUAAACAAUCACACUACAGGUCAUUUUUCACCACACCUAAGCAGUUUUCUUUCUCACACAACCAACUUCGCUUACUAAAAGUGAGAUGUGCUCAAGCACUGUCCUCCAUGUUUAUAAAAAUCUCUCAGAGUCCAGGGCAGAGUCAGUUCUCCUCAAACAACAGCUGCAACACAAGUGUUCCAACUCAUGUCACACUGCCAACAAUGUCCCCCAACAAAAAUAUGAAGAUGACUGUUUUACCUUUAGGGUAUCACUGUGAUAUCAAGCCGGAUCAAACAAAAAAAUGUGAUUUACCUCUGUGUAACAUUUCCAGCCAAGAUGAGGAUUGGACCCUCUUGCAUGGUUGUUUCCACUCAUUCCAUGAUGUUUGCCUUAAUGGAUCAACUUCAUGUCCACUGUGUAAGGAGUUUCUAAAAAAAAAGUAA